AAGAAAAAAAAGAGUGUAAGGGUGCAACCUUUUAUGACAGUUGAAUGCCGCCAGUUCCAAUAGACACAUCGUUUCUUUAAUCCCACAAUUUGAAAUUAAGUACUAAAUCAGAUCAUUUUCUUUCAUUCUUUAUUCAGUUUAUUCCUAAGCAUCACCAAAGAAAUAAAACCAAAUUCAAUUUACAUUCUUCAUUUCGCUCGAUUCCCUCUUGAAAAUACAAGGUUAAACUAUGGCUGAUGUGAACGGAGAGCUUGAUCUAAACAAGAAGAUAGCCUCAUCAGAUAAGAACGGAGAGCUUGAUCUGAACGAGAAGAUACCCUCAUUGGAUGAGCACGAAAAGCUUUAUCUGAACGAGAAUACAGCCUCAUCGUCGGAUGAGAACGAAGAGCUUGAUCUGAACGAGAAGAUACCCUUAUUGGAUGAGAACGAAGAGCUUGAUCUGAACGAGAAGAUAGCCUCAUCGGAUGAGAACGGUGAGUACCUUGAUCUUAACCAGAAGGUAGACGAGGAGUACUUUGAUCUGUACGAGAAGAUACACUCAUUGGAGCGUGAAAAAGAAUUUCUACUCAGGAAAGUUGAGGAGUUAGAGGCGAGCGGAAAUCAUCAAAGAGUUGAAUUACAAGCGAAGGAAAGGGAAAUUGGGGGCUUAAAGAGGACGAUUGAGGAACAAGAUGGCGCUUUGUUUACAUCCAGUGAGUUGGCGAAGAGGGCUAGAGAAGAAAUGCUAACUAAAAUCUCCGAAUUGGAGAACAAAUUGGAGAUUCAGGAAAACGAAAGGCUUAGUGAUUUGAACGAAAAAGUUGAUGAGUCUUCUGGUGUAAACGAAGAGUAGCCGUUGGUGGCUGCAAUAACUAUCAACGUCUUGAGCUAUCUUCGAGAUGGAAGAAAACGAUAAAGUUCUGUUGGUUAUGUUAUUACUACUUAAAGUUCUGUUGGUUAUGUUUUUACUACUUAAUGUUCUGUUGGUUAUGUAUGUUGUUAUUACUACUAAAAGUUUUGUUGGUGUAACUGCUUAAGAGAGCAUUAUUGAACUCUAAAUUAUUGAAUGGG